GCAAGCGCUUCGGUCCAGCAGCUCGCCGGCGAGGGACUCUUCAGGGUGAAAAUGCACCAUGGCAUGGGUGUACCGGUGGGCGAUCGUCACGGUGUUCAAAAUCCGGCGAUGCAGGCCAGAAAUGGAGUGUGCGAUAAAAUAGAAAAUUACAUAUCCGAGUUAGGCCGAUGGGCAGUAUGGAGAGCAAUAAUAAUGGGCCAGUUUCUCUCGUUGGUGCUGUGCUGCAUGACGUUCGUAAAUCAUCAUAUAAACACCGCUCCGCUUUACAAGCUUUCGCUUCCAACAGGGCAAAAUCUUCCACAUUACGUGAUGAUGUGCUUAGUUUAUACAACGUGGAUGUCCUGCAGAGGUGUUGGGAAUGGCCUAAUUUCCGUCAUAAGAGCCCGUGGCUGGAGAUACUUGCUGUUAGCACUGAUCGACGUUGAGGCAUGCACGCUUAUUACAUCGUCGCAUCAAUUUACUAGCCUCGCCAGCAUACAGCUUCUUGACUGCGUGGCGAUACCGGUUGCCUUGGUACUCUCAUUUCUAGUACUAGGCGUCAGAUACCGAAUGGUACACAUCGUUGGUGUGUCCGUUUGUUUAAUGGGCGUGGGAUGUCUGGUUUGGGCUGGUAUAGAUGACAAUAACGAUCCUACGGCUACCGGAAAAAAUCAACUCGUCGGCGAUAUGCUUUGUCUCGGCGGCGCGGUAUUGUUUUCGGUGACGACGGUUUUGCAAGAGCUGGCAGUAAAAACAGUCGAUAUUAUUGAAUAUCUGGGCAUGAUCGGUUUCUUUGGCACAAUAUUGAGCUGCAUGCAAACCGCCGUACUCGAGAGAUUUCAAAUAGAGGCAUUCCACUGGGACAACGCACCCGUAAUAAUGAUCCUGAUUGUCUAUUGCAUCGCGCAAUUUAUGUUCUUCUCCCUGGUGCCGGUAAUAUUGUUUGAAUCCGGUGCUACCGCCUUGCAGCUGGCACUACUCACCUCGGACUCCUUUAAUAUAUUAGUUGGAAUGCUUAAUCAUCAUUACAAGUUCCACGCACUGUACUUUGUUUCGUAUACACUCACGAUGACUGGCAUAUACAUAUACGCAAUAAAGAGAACACCGAUAUCAUCGAAUUCACGAAGGCAGCACAUCGAGCCGCCUAUCCCAGAUUACAGACACAUGUCCCACCCCGACGUCGGCGAGGUAGAGAUGGCUACGAGUUCCGGAAUGUCCGGAGUGAGCGGCACCCUCGAUAUCAGGGCAUCUACCCUUGGUAGCGAAAGGGAGACAAUGGACGCAACGAGCCUACCCUUAAGCGUUAGCUCCGACACGGCCUUCACCUCCUUCUACGGCAGUCAGGCGAACUUGAAGGUAGCAUCAAGAUCAAUGCCACGUGUAUCCUCCAAUUCGUAUUUCGAUACGAAAAACUCGUCUUGAUAUAUGUCGGGGAAUUUGACACGAGUUCAAGGUUCAGGUGAUCUCACGGAUAUCCGAGGCAGAUGGAAUCCGCGUAAUUAAACGAAAUUCGUUCGAAAUCCAUUUAUUUUUUCGAUUACAAAAUAAUAUGAUUCUGCAUUAUUUGUCGUAUAACUUUAUAUUUAAAAAAAUGUUUAGAUACUUCUUACUUUUCAAAAAACAGCUUUGAAAUAAAAUAGAUGUCAUUUGAUGAUUAUAUUUGAUGGUACACUCGCGAUAUGGCAUAUUAUAAUGUGCAACGAUCUAUAAACUAUAAAAUAAAUUUUUAACUCGCGCGGUAAUUUAUUUGCCUCUGAUAGCGUGAUUUCUUUAUUUGAACUUGAAAAGAUGUAAAUGAAAUCUGUGACAGUUUCAGGCUGCGAACGGGAAGAGUGAUUCUGCCUGUAAUUAAUAAGCGGAAGAAAACGACUGCCUAGAAUAGAAUAUCGCGCGAUUCCCUCAUUCAAAAAAUGCAACAUUUCUCAAAAAGGGGCCCUUAAAAAACGAACGAAAAAUGUUUAUAUAUAUUGACACAAUGACGAACGAUAGUACAUAUACAGUCCAAAAAUUCUCUUUUUUGAUAGCCGUAUAAAAUUAUUAUUACAUAAUCUUAAUUAUAUUUAACAGACAAGGCAAUAGUUAGAUUGACUUUAAGUAGCAUUAAAAUUCAAUAUUUAAUAUAUGAUAUUUCAAUAU